CGUACGUCCUUGCAGCUCCAGAGAGCGCUGGAGCCAUGGCAUCUUCAGAGAGAGACUGCAGCGACACAGGUGUGAAGAGUGGCCGACGGCGCCGCAGGGCUUUUUCCGAGGCUUUGCUGCCCUCAUCUUCCACGCGGGGAGCAGCUUCCGUCUGGGAGCCAAUGCAAGAUGCGUCCAGCGAAAGCCAAAGAGAGACGCCUCAUGCGCCCUCGCACGAGUUGGCUGCAGAAAGACGGUUUCACGGAAUUGAUGCAAAUCCGCCCCACGGGCUGCUCGAGUGCUUCUACUGGCCUGCAGCUGUGCUGAGGGACUACUUUGAGGCAGAGUGCUGGAGAUCAGCUCGAGGUCGGCUGCCGAGACCGGUCGAGGAGCCUGCGACAAAGACGUUGCAAGCUGCAGAAGCUGUUGUGCCGCCGCUAUUCGCCGCGCGAUGUGUGUGGACCGCUGUCCUCAGCUUUUGCGACUACUUGGAGGUGGCUUCAGCCAUGCUUUGCUGCCGCGAGCUCGCGAUAGGCUCGCAGGACACGCGGGGGCGGCUGCUCACUGGCUCGGCGUCCUUGACGGGAUCUCGGGCUGUGGAGAACUUGGUGAGGAUCUCACCGCAGCUUCUGGUGAGCCUGAGUCUGCCCAGCCUCUCCUCGGGCUCCGAGGAGGUGCUGCUGAGUUUGGCGCAGAUGCGCCAGGAGCUGACCUCGCUGAAGGAAGUCUUCGUUCACAUUGCGCCUCCGCGGCUACCCCGGGUGACGGGAGAGACUCGUGCGGCACGGGGCGAGGCGUUGUCAGUCUUAGCUGGCGCUUUGUCGGCCGCGCUGCCGUGCUGGCUCGACUCCUUCCAGGCGAACCUGCGCGGAGGGUGCUUGCUGGCAGACGACGGGGUCCUGGACGAUCUGGUCGCCGCAGUUCCCAAGCACCUCACGCGGCUAGGCUUAGAUUUGAACCACAUCAGCUCGCAAGAUGCCAAAGCUGUGGCAAGGAUCCUGCCAUCCAGCCUGCGGGAGCUUCGGCUGCUCUUCCAUGGCCGCUCCUUUGCUUGGCUGGGCUCCGGUGCAGAAGCCACUGGCACUGAGGAGCUGGCGUCUGCGCUGCCCGCGGGUUUGGAGAAACUCCAUUUGAUGCUGGAGUCUUCGGCCCAUGGCGCAGCAAUGCUCUGCAAGGCUUUGCCUUCCAGCCUGAAGAACCUGGCACUGGACUUGCAGAUGACGCUGGCCCGGGGAUCUGAGCUGCCAGAGGCUCUGGCGUCCUUGCCAUGCCAGCUGAGUGUUCUGCAGCUCCGGCUCACCGACUUCACCAUGAGCCUGGCAGACUUGAGGUCCCUGUCCAAUUCCCUUCCGCCGUCCCUCAUAGACCUCCGCUUGGACCUUUGUUGCCGCGACGUGGGUGAUGAGGGCGCGCGGUUGUUGGCCGACCGGCUGCCGCCAGGCCUCGAGUGCUUGGUGCUUUGUUUGCGGGACUGGCGCUUCUCGGCGCUGGGGGUACGACUGCUGGCUUCGGCGCUGCCCUCUAGGCUGCGGCACCUGAAGCUGGCAAUCUCCAGCUCCCCGAUCAACGCAGGAGGUGCCAGGGCGCUCGUGUCACACCUUCCUACGAAGCUGGGCCGCUUGAACAUCUUGCUCAGGCAUUGCAGCCUGGGGCGGGAUGGCGAGCAAGCUUUGCGACCGCUGGCCAGAAGGUGGAAUUCUGUUCCACAGAGCUGGGUGAGAGUCUACGAGAAGACCAUGGUGAGCAUGGGCCUGCGACAUUGCGGCGAGUGGGACCUCUGGGACUGAUCCCGC